ACUGGAGAGGAGGGAGGAAAACUACAGCUCCCAGCAGCCUGCCUGGGCUGCCGUGGAAGGGCAGGGUUCACCCUCGCGCCGACAGCAGCGGAGGAUUUAGGGCGCGUUCGGGAAAAGGGCUGUCUGGCCAAGCCAAAGGGCCUCCAGGAAGGACAAGCCCCGGGGCUAUUACUGGCCACCUCGCCGCUUCUCUUCACAGCCCCGACAGGCUCCAGCCCUGCCCAGGUCUACAGAUGUUCAGCUGCAGUUCCUGAGGCCAAGGCAGGAUGGUGGUCCUGCUGGAGGUACGACUUGGUCAGCCACCCCACCAGCAGGGAGACAAAUCCCUGCACAAGCAAAGGAGAAAGUGAAGUAAAAGGUACCAAGACCCCACAGGAGCAAGAAAAUGGAAAAGAAUCCAAGUGUGGAUCUGCCUGGAGCUGGGCCAGCCCAAGAUGAGGUGGAGAGCACAGCAGAGCAUCCUGCACACCAGGAGCCCCCCAGAGAAACACUUGAGCACCAAGAGGCGAGCAGGUGUCCUGAGACCUCCUGCAAACCAGAGGAGGACUCUUUGGUGAGUAAUCCACCAACUGCUUUUGGGGAAGAGGUGAAGCCAUUGGAGUUAGCUGGCCCCACAGUGGAGGAGAAGGCUCCUCAGGAAACUGAAGCAUCACUGGAAGAACCUGUGGAGACGAGAGAUGGCGUCUCCGAAAGACCUCAGGAAGAAGAUGACUCGGACAGAGCUGUGCUGGCCCAAGACAAAACGGACAGCAAAGGAGACAGCAGUGUCCCCCAGGAAACUCAGCAGGACCUGGAGAUAAGCAGGCAACGUGAAAGCUGCGCAGCAGAGGAAGAUGCUUUAUCAAGAAAGGAGUCACUGAGCUCUGAGAGCAAAAUGACACAUUCAGAUGUGAACGCCACAGAAGAUGUCACCGAGGGCCGUCUCAGCAGAGAGAGCACCAGUGUCCCUCUGCUAGGUCAGGAGCCAGGAGAGCACAAAGAGCCAGAAACACAGGAGAGGGAAUCCUCAAGCACAUUAAGGAGCAGACAUGGGACAAAGGGAUGUGCAGCCCCACAGCCAGAGGCUCAGCCAUGCUUGCAGAACAUUGCCACUCAAAAUACAGAACAGGAGAAGACAGAAGAGUUCAGCUUACUGAAAGGUGAGGAAAAGAAGCUUCCCUUGUGCAUUACUCAUCGACCAGAAGGCCCCGAUCCACCAGGAACAAGACUUCUCAUUCUGGGCCUAUUAUUGCUCAUCUUCUGCAUACUCUUCUUCAUCAACCCAACCGCCGAGUCCCAGCCAGCCCCCAGGAACCCCACGGUGGAGGCCUUCCUGUCCCAUUUCAACGAGCUGCAGGACAAGUUUCCCGGGCAGAAUCCCCAGGUGUGGCUUCGUGGGCGCAAGUUCUUGCAGAAGCACCUCAACACAUCCGAGCCCACGCAGCCAGCCACCAUCAUCCUCACGGCCGCCCGCCAGGGUGAGCGGACCUUGCGGUGCCUUAGCACCCACGUGGCUGAUGCCUACUCGGCCGCCCUGCAUGCCAGCACGGUGCAGAUCGAUGGCAGGGACAUGUCUGAGCUCCAGAGUGAUGAGGCCAAGCUGCAGGUGGACUCAGAGCUCAGUUCAGCUUUCCAGGCUGGGUACCAUGCUGCGGUGGUGCACCGCUUCGAGCUGCUGCCGGCAGGGUCCACGCUCAUCUUCUACAAGUACUGCGACCACGAAAGUGCUGCUUUCAAGGACGUGGCCCUGCUGCUGACCGUGCUGCUGGAGCAGGAGGAGCUGGAGACCCAGAUCAGCCUCUCGAGGGUGGAAGAGAGGGUCCGUGACUUUCUCUGGGCCAAGUUCACCGGUGCCAGGACCCCCAGCUCCUACGACCACGUGGAUUCUGACAAGCUGAGUGGGCUGUGGAGCCGCAUCUCCCACCUGGUGCUACCAAUCCAUCCGGUGCAGAACAUCGAGAAGGGGGGCUGCCACAUCCAUACCAAAACCUAGGGACAGAGACUGCCAGAGCCCUGGGAAGGGCUGAAAAGCCAGUCCUGGCCAGCCCCGGUGCAGGCAGAGACACAAAUGAACAAGGAACUCACUUCGUAACACCCCCGUGCUAUUCCUCUGCAAUUUGUUUCCCAUUCUUCCUGGGAAGAGUUCAACAGGUACAAAUUGAUCCUGGCCUUUUGGCCAGCUGACUGUACGCUUCCUUCUGACAGGUGGGAAGAGCUGAUAUUUUAGACUGCUAGUUGCACAGGAGCACAUUACAAUGUGGGGAGGCAGGAAGAAAAACAGUGCUUUGCAGGCAGUGGAACAAAGGAAGGUCAAAUUCCCUAAACCCGACAUUUUGAAGUCAUGCUUCAAAAAGAAAAUCAGUUUGCUAGUCAAGGGUUUGACCAGUCAGUCCUGAUACAGCUCCACUGACCGAUUUACAGCCAAAGGCCAGAUCCUAAAUGCCAUCUGGCAUUCAAACAAACCUGCAAUCCAGAAUUCCCCCAAACAUCAAUUACAAAAAAUUUAAAUUUGUCAGCACUUAAACACUACAUAAAAGCAAGGGAAUCCCACACACAGAGCAGCCCUUACGCUGUUCUCAAAACAGAGAACAAAACACAAAGCACUUCAUUAUCGCUCUGAUGGUGCAAAGCCUCAAGGGAUCACGCAGGUAAAGGAAUGAGUAAUAGAAUUUAACUUAAUGCUACCUCUUAAAAGAGUUCAGUUGUGAUCCGUUUGCCACCACAGGGCUACAAGCACCUCUUUGGGCUGAUGCAUCAGCCUUGGUCCCACAUGAUUCACCCAGGUAUCUGAUCUGCACUUAGGGCUGGAAGCCAUCAGAGGCAUCUCUACGUCACGAGAGGAGCGAGCUGACAAAAUGCCCCCUCAAGCCCCUCCACGGCUUUUCCAGGGUAAUUCCUCACACACUAGGCCUUGCCCGGGGACCAUGUGUUUGCAGCCCAGCAGUUCCCUGGCUUGCUUUCUGCAAUUCUGCCUGCCCCUCCCCAGCUAACUUUUAUUGAUGAAUGUAGAUGAUGACACUGAUAUUUAUUUCAGACCACGUAAGGCAGCACACCGGCUCCUUGCCCACCAAAGGUACGUUUCCCUUCCUGCCAGGCAGGUGGUGCUCUGGCUGCUACUGGCAGAGCUGAUACCAACUCGUAAAGACAAAAUCUCUGGCAUAAACACCAGAAACCCUUAAGCAGGCUGGUUUCUUACCAUACCUCCUCUUCUGCACCCCAAGAAGAGAAAGCCAAGUCCUGCAAAUGCUGUGGUGGCCCCGCACACUGAAUUGCUGCAGGAGUGCUGGGGCAGAGCUGCUAACUCAGGGAGCACCUAGGAGCAGGCACAGGUUGAAGUAUUUAUAAUAACCCAGCAGCCUGCCCCAGGUGUCAGCCCCUCGUGCCUACAAUCCUGCCUGCUGGAGCACAGCGUGGCUUCUCUCUGUACAGACAGCACAGACUGAAGCCUUGCCGAGGCCGAGUCUGCAUCUGAACAAGACACAAAUCGAGAACAGGUUGCUGUUUUUACAAGCAGUGCAUCUGAGUUCUCCAGACCCCUGUGUUGGCCGGGUCUCCUGCCCAUGGUGCCUUGCUGAUCUGCCCAGCUGCUGGCUCAGCUGCUCAUGCCAAUGCCUGAAAUCACAGCCCGUCUCUCCCGUCCUCUGCCACGUGCCUUGUCCUCCCAUGGGAGAUUUGUGGCCAUAAACCUGGAGCAGGGGACAAAAAGAGGGAAUAAGCGGGGAUUAUUUGUUCAAAUUGGAACCAAAGAGCAGACAUUUCAUUUCUUUUGACACCAGUCACAGGAAGACAAGACUUAGGAGGUGUUGCCCACUCUCUCCACACCUGACAGCACUUUAUCCACUACCCCAAACUUACUGAUGUUUAUCUUCAUUGGAGACAGGGAGCUGAGUUACCCCUGCAGUGUUAGCUGUGGGUUAGACAUGAAGUGUCCCUUUGCAGUAGUUUUAACCAUGCCAAACAGCAGGCUAGACAUGCUGGAGCCCAGCAUCAGCAGACCAGCCUCAGGGCUUGAUUUUGUACAAGAUACCGGUUGCUUCCUCCCCUUCCUCUUUUUUUUUUUUUUUUUUUCCACUGUUAUCCACUACUUUGGUAACAGAAAACAGUUUCUGCUCUGCAUGGUUCAGCAUUGGCACUGAUGUAAGAACUGGCAAAGCAUUAAUCAUGUUAUUGUUAUAGUAUUUUAAAGUUAACUCACUACCAGUUUUAUCUACUGUGUGUAUAAUGCAUACUCAAGGCAACUUCGUGCUGCUUGGGCACCUCGCUGUAAGCAUCAUCCAGCAAAGCUGCUCUAAUACAGAUAUAUUUUUAUGACCUUUUAAAGAUAAAAAAAAAAUAUCUGCUUGCUUCUGAAACAAGAUUUCUAUUUAAAAAUAAAUGAGAUUGUGAAAGAAACCAGCAAAGUCUUCAAAUUGA